UGACAUCAUGAAUCACCUUCAUCGACCGUUCACAGAACAUGCACAAGACAAGGUCCCCCACGUCCGCUCGUACCUCUGCGAGCACCACCUAUCUAUCGGUCUAUUCCUUCGGCCCUUCACCCGUUACCCCUUCCUCCUUGUCCGCACCCUCUUGUGUGUCCUGCUGCUGCGGCUGCUCCUCUCUCACAACAAGGAAUGACGUGCUCUUAAGAGCAAACCGAUUCCCCGCCAUCGCAAGCAGGUCCACACACGCGCUGGACCUCAUGAAAUCACCCACACCGAUUGCCGAAGGCUCCUGGCCCUCUGGUGGCUGGUCGGGCUGCGCGUGUUGGACGAACGAGCUGAUUGACAUUUUGAGGGCCAAGUCGGGGACGGAGAGAGGGUGGGAUGACGGCCGCACGGCGAAUUGUGUGGCGGCCAUGUAAAGCUGCUCGGGCGACACCUGCAGACCGUCACACAUGGCGGAGAGAUCAUCUGUCUCCUGUUGCUGUUGUGUCUGCAGGGGCGCCGCAAGGCUGAGUAUGUGCCGCCGUAGGCCGACAGAGGGGGUGGGCCCAAGGCUGAGAUAGCCCAACAGACGGCGCGCAUAGACCUGACACACAGCCCCACACGAGGGGACGUGAACAGAGGACACCCGCUUGAAGUCCAUCUAUCGUCAGUCUGCUCACCGUCUCAGCCCCGAGCCCAUUCUGCCCCACCCCCUCUCCCUGUGGCGGCCCCUCAUCCCCUUCCCACAAUCGAUGCGCCUUCAUGGUGUCUCUGAUCGACGCGGCGGUCCCUCCCACUCCCGCCUGUGUCAGCCGAAACACAUCAAACAGUAGCUUGAGUGCCUCAGCUCGCAGUUGCUCGGGAGUCGGGAAUGUGGGCGUCGGCUCGGGGGUCUCUGUUUGGGACGAGGGGGGCAGGGAUGAGAGGGGCAGGAGGGGGAGGGAAGCGAACUGGUCUGCAGUAAGGAAAGCCUCGGUCUCGGUGAGGUCUUCUGUGGCGCCUGUCAGCUCCGCGAUGGACUUGCGCAGCUGCAAGGGGGAUAACGAAACAGCGAGUGGUUCUCUGGUGGCUUCUUGUCCGGUACCAUGAUCAGAUCGCUUGCAGAUGGCCACAGAGAAGUCUGAUCAUCCACGAGGCCAUUCAGCAUGACAGUCAGCACGACCUCAGUGGCAUCGACCGCACCACCACUGCAGUCGCCAGCAAACGUCUGUGCAAGCUGCUGCAGACGCCGUUCAGCAUCGGGGGCACUCUCGAGCGACGCGGGCAAGAGAGACAGAUGGAAGGCGCGCGAAUGGGCCAGACGGUGGACCAGGAGAUCCUAUGGACACACGAACAACACACGCUACCGUCGUGUGAAGAAGACACUCGGAUAUACCUUCAGCUGGCUGACGGCCAUCACGCCCUUGGUGAUGGCUGGCAGCAUCUCGUCGAAAAGGCCUCUCAGCUGGGCGAUCGUCCACCUAUCUGUGUGUGAGGGCUCCACUGUCGGGGGCACUGGUGGCGGGGGCGGGAGGGCCAGGUGCUCUGUCGGUGCGAGGUAUAUGGUCGUGCCUUCCAGGGACAGGUAGUACGGCAGCUGCAGAUAUGAAAGACGACAAAAGGAUUCAGAGACAGAGGAAGGUUGCUCUGAGGAGUACACAUCUCAUCUGACCUUUGUUUGGUCCUCGAUGUGUGACUGGACGAUCUUGGUCAGGGACUUGAUGGCCUCGUUCUCGGCGUACACGCGAGCCACAAUCCAAUCAUCGAGCUUCUCAAACACCUGCACACAGACACAGCUGUCCCGUCCGACCUCCUCUCCCGCCCCCCUUUCUCACGGCAUCGCUCUUCUCGCAGAGGUCCCUGAGCUCGCCUUCAGCCCAGUGCUUUAUCCGCAGGACGUGAUACUUGUACCUCACAGCGGCCUCCAUCCUCGCCUGCUGCAGGUCCACAAAGAGCGGCGGCGGGGGCUGGGCCAGCGCCUGCUCGUCAGCAGCUGCGGCAGCUCCUUUCUUGUCCUUGGCAGCGUCCUUCUUGCCCGCGUCCUUGCCCUUGCCGGCGGGCUUUCCCUCUGGCUCAGCUGGGGCGGGGGUGAAGGGGUCCCUGAAGGGCUCCAAAGGCGCGAUGAAGUCCAGCGCCUUGUUUGUCAUGGCAUCCAGGAAAGGGAAGCGCCAAUCCAGUUCGGCUGACACCGCCAGUACCAAUACCAAUACCAUGCGAAAAAACUGCCUUGCGCUGUGUCUCUGUCUCUUCUCACAUACGUACGUUGUGUCUCAUCUUGGGUGGGUUGUCCUUUGAGAGUCCUCUCUCUGUACACAGGCGCAUCGGGCAGCGGGUUGCCGUCAGGCCCCGUCCAUAUGUCGAGCUUAGGCAUGGGCGGCGGGGCGGCACCCUCAGCCAGGGCCUCUGUGGGGUCGUUGGGUCUCGAUGGGAUGCCCAGCUGCAUGGCUGAGUAGUAGAAGUCGUUUAACAGCCGGUCGGACGCUGUGUACCUGAUAAAGGACAGAAUCAUGUGGCCGUGUGACGAAUAACGGAGCGACCAACUUGCCUUUCGAGCUCUACUUUGAGAAUCCUCUGUAUUUGUAAGGCGAGAAUUUCCACCUGCCCCUCCACCCAUCCGCUGGUCAUGAUGGUGUUGCGCUCGGCGACGGCCUCAUCCUUCUUGCGCAGCACCACCUGGAAGAGCUCAAAGGAUAGGUCAGCCGCACGCUGAUGCAGCUCCUCCUACACACACGUAAACAGAUUGAAUUGACAGAUGUGUGUAUCAUGAAUUUGUGUGAGGCAAGUACUUUGGUGUCGUCUUGUUUUCUCAUGUCUGGGUAGCUGUCUGAGAAGCGGUUGAACUCCUCAACAAACUUGUCCACGUGCACCUAUCGGGGCACCGGGACGGGCAUAAUCACUGGGAAGCCAAGAGGGCGACGGAUGUUUGUGUGCAAGGUGAGACCUGCUUGUCAUCAGGUCUGUCGAGGAACGCCACAAAGUCUUUCUGGAUGUUCGCCAGGGUCUCGCGGAUGGACUCGCGGAGAGAGCGAUGCCAGAGAAACACCUGAAAAAAAAACACACGCAAGAGAGCACCAACGACGCUUUUGCGUACGGCACGCUGCUCGACCCACCUGGCCCAUGCCUUUGAAGAAUCCCUCCUCCAGCUCGUGCCACUCAUCCCAUAGGAGGUCCCGGACGGCUGGCUCGAGGUCGCUGACAUACCCUGGCAGCGACGACACAUCUAUCCUGUCCUCCUUCUUCUCCUCUUUUUUCUUCUCUCCCUCUGCCGGCUGGCCCUCCUCCGCAUCUCCCUCACCCUGUGCACCUGGCUGUGCCUCAGUGGCUGCGGGAGGUUCCUCUGCUGCUGCUGUGGGGGCGGGCUGUGUCUCGUCUGCCCUGGUCUCCUCUCCUCCCUCUUCCUUCGGCGGUGCCUGUGCCUCAGCCUUCUGCCUGAAUCGGUCGUGGACCGUGUUGGCAAGGAGGGUGUAGGCGCUCUCGGGUGGCUCCUCGCCUGUGGGGGCGGAGGGCGCCGCGGGAAGGGAGAGGUCAACCAAUCGAGGCAUCUCCUGAUGAGACAUGCAUGGUAUGUAUCCAUUGUGUAGAUCGAUCGACGCUCACACACCUCGUUGCCAAAGUGAUCGAGAAAGGUGUCGAUGGCCUCCUGCUCCACAUCGAAGGCGUGACAGCGGUCAACCAUCGUGCCCUGAUAUACAUCAAGACAUGCAUGUGUGAAAUGGCAUUGGGCCGACAGCGUGGCGAACUGACCAUGGGGUUCUGGGGGUCUUCAUAGGGCAGCAGCCUCUCGAAGGCAAGCGGCUUGUGGGAUGGGGGCUCGCCCUCCACCACCACAACAUUACCUGUCUCGGGGUCGAUUCUCCUCCCCAGCGCAGUGCGAAUGACCUCCUCAGUCGGUAUCUUCACACGGACAUGGAAGUCAGCCCCGCCUUCACGCCUCACCGGUGGAGGCACGGGCAUUGGAGGCAUCGGCUGAAUCAGCGCUGCACGCCUCUUCUCCCUCUCAGCGACGGACAGUGGCCGCCUUGACGGCAGAAGGAAGCCCGAGAGCCUCUCUUCAAGAGUGGCGUAUUGCUCAAAGGUGCUGGGGAAGCCGAGGAGAAGCCAGCCAUGAGGGACGAGACCGUGGAGAGGCUCGAUGCGUGUGACAGGGGCAGGCUCGGGGGCGCCUCCCUGAGAGCCACAAAGACAGAGCCACUGCUCUGUUGCUUCGCGGGUGGCUGAUGUGUCUCCUGACCUUCUUCUUUUUCUUUGGGUCUUCCUUGGGUGGCGGGGGAGGAGUGGGGUCGGGCACAAAGCCUGCUGGGAAGAGUGCUCUGACUUUGGUGACGACCAAGUCAGCGUACAGCUCAUUCGGCACCACCCCGCCACUGCAAAGACACGGAAACAUGGAUACAAUGUCACUCAUGAGCAAAUCCACCCAGUUGGCUCACCUCGAUAGACUUUGGUGUGCCUGCUCGCCCAGCUCCUUCAGCCUCUGCGCUUCUGCUGAGAGCUCUUGUGGCUCCGCUGGCGGCUCGUCCUUCUUGCCACUCUUGCCCUUGCUGUUUGCCUCUGCAACGGGUGGCACAUCCCCCUGGUGCUCGUGGUGCCCCGCCAGCGUGAGCGCCUCCGCCAGGAUAGUUUCGGGUUUCAGCAGGGAGAGGCCGAAGCGGUCGCAGAGAUACGAGGCGAUCAUGCCCUCGCCAGAGAGUGGCUUGGCGGUGAGUAUGAGUCUUAUCGGCACGUCUGGCACGUCAGGUGCAGGAGGGUCGGGGGGCGGCGGGAACUUGUGUUCGAUCAGCGAUGCCACGAUCACACCCAGUCGGUACAGCACCGGCUCCCCGCUGGGCUUGACUUCAAUAGCAUCCGACAGCGCCGUGACGACAGCACCGACCUGAAUGAAACACACAAGAGACUGCAUUCCUCAUGUCUUUGCCUCGUUUGUGGCGUCCCCACCGCGGCGUCCCUCUGCAUAACGGCCUUGGCUUCCUCCGCCGCCUGCAGGGGCGGCGCGACCAUCGCCCACUGCCCCCGGCCGUCAAGGUAGGCCCGCACUUCAGCGCUCUCCACCACCCCCAGCGACCGAAUGACGCGAGGCUCCUCCAUGCCCUCAGCUGAGUGAAGAAGGAGAAUAAACAUACAUGACAAUCCGCGUGUACGUAUUCAUCUUCAUCCUCUUCUCACAUCUGUCCUCAAUCGCCGGUGGCUCGGCGAGAGGGAAUCGGGAUGUUUUGCGAGUCUGUGCGGCGUCGAGAAGACUGGGCAGGGGUGCAGUGAAGCCGAUGAGUGAGGGCUCGGGCGGCGAUGGGACCGCCUGGCCGUCGACGAACAGUGACAUCCACUCGCGCCACAGCUGACUGUCCACGGCAUGCUGCAUGGGCAAGACAACAAUACACACAUCACAUUGAUUGCGAUGGUACACACAUUACGCCCAAGACGACAGACAAGAUAUCGAGACACGUAGAGGCAUUGUGGCCAGGUAUCGUGCUGACCGCAUCGGUGGUUUGUCGUUGGUAGAGGGCAGCGUUGACGACGCUGAGGAUGAGAUCCAGUGUGUCCUCACACGCAGUGGCGUGACGCAUCUUCUGGUCGGCCUGACACAUCCAUACAUUGUGCUCGUGUGGACACAGCACAAGAGAGGAGCUGCCAUACGUACUUUGCGAUUCCUGUCGAGCUCUCGGUAGUAGGAGGCCUCCUGCUCUGUCUGCUGCCUCCGGGCCGCUUCUGAUGCCCUGGACCCCAACAUGCAACACCUUGAUGUUAUGGGCACACGCAGAGUGAGUGUCUGAGUGCUCGCUCACUCCAGCAGUUUCCUGUCCAUCUGGAGUGCCCACUGUGCGUCCUCCUCCCUCUUCUGCUGAUACUGUCUCCCACGCAGCUCCCGAUUCUGCCUGAAGACCUCCUCGUGCCGGCGGAUCUUCCACACCUCGUAGGCCAGCUCACGUUCUCGCUUGGACUGACGGUUAACCUGCUCGAGCAGCAUCUCCUCGAACCCCUUCCUUUGCGCCAGCUCCUGGGCCUGCUGCUGCUCCACCAGCACUUUGCGGCGACGCCGUUCUCUGAUGGAGCGAGACGGACGGGAGGAGGUGGCAGGUCUGUUUGCUUGUCCUUUGCUUGAUGUGUGCUUGCCUUUCUCUUCGCGCCUGGUCGAUGGCUUUCUUGUUCUCCUUGAUGCGUCUGAGGCAUGCAGGCCACACACGUUCGUGUGUCUCGCGCGUCUGUGUGUCGUCACCUCACUUCAUGGUGAGGUCAGAGGUGACUUUCAUUUCCUUGUCGGUGGGGAGCCGGUCGAUCAUGGUCUGAAGCAGCUCCAGCCCAGUGGUCACCUCAGUGCCCGCUUCACCCUCCUCCAAACUGAUGGCACACACACACACACACACACACGCGGAUAAUGGCGCACUGGGGCAAUUAGAUGUGUUCUGCUAUCACCCUCUCGGCACAGUGUCGAUGCCGAUUCGCUGGAGGUUCUCCUCGAAGGACUCGAUGCCGCCGCGCAUGUCAUCCUCAGCAGCCUGACGCACCUUGGCCAUCUUGCUGCCCACACAGGGAACACAAAAGUCAACGAUGAGUGGGACGCCCUGCUCUCUGUUCAUGUCAUGUCUCACUCUUUGUGCUUGUCUUGACGCUUGCGCUCAAAGCGGACGCCCUCAAACUCCCUGCGUACAUAGAUGUGUACACGUGAGUAGUCAGGUGAAGGAUCAAGCAGGCUUUUCACUCAGAGGACGGACCUCUUUGCAUUUGCGAUCUGGUUUUUCUGCCACUGGUGCCAGCCCUCUUGCUCCCAGAGCUUCUUGAACUCCUGGUUGCGCUGGAAGGUCGCCAGCCGCUGGUCGCGGAACUCACGGCGGUUCUGGUCUAUCAUGUCGCCUAUCAUCCUGACGAACAGACACACACAGAUUGUCUGUGUUGUGCCCGGGUGGGGCACUUUUCGUGUGUUCACUUUUCCUUGAUAACGGCCUUUUCCUCCAUGUCGAGUCUCUCGUCCUCGUAUUUCUUGAGCAGCAGGUCCAUCUUGAGCUGGUAGUUGGGCAUGGUCAGUGUCCGCAGCCUCGAGUCGACAAAGUUCAUCGUGUGGGCAUCAUACUGACGCAGACAGACACCCCUUCAUCCCAGACAUGCAGGUGCCCCUCCCUCUCUCCCCUUCCACCUUUGGCUUGGUCAGUCGAAUCGAUUUGGUUGUGCCCAUACCGCCCUUGGCCAUCCCCUCCUUGCUUUGCUCGGCCUGCCGUUCGAGGGCCAUCUUGAGCCGGUACAGCAGCCGUAGGGCGGCACCCCGCUGCCUCUCCAUGACGCUGCGCAUGGCUCGGGUGUCGAACUUGAUCUUGAGGGAGCGGAAGGUGGGCUCCAGCUUCUUGAAGUUGGCCAUUUUGGCAGCGGCAGUGGAGCUGCACACACCAAACACAGUGCAGGCAUGUGGCCCCCUUUCGUAUGUGGGUCAUUCACCUGUCGCUGAAGCCCUGGAAGUCAUCCUGCUGAUGAAACUUGUGCAGGAGCUCCCCGAGCAGAUAGCCAUUGGCGAAAUCAUCCUCGAAAGACCGAAUUGGGCGUGAGAGGCACACCUCAUGCUCCAACCACGAGGACAGUAGCUGUGACAUGCUUCGCUGUGUGCUGAGCUUCAAACUUCAAG